GUCUCCGCAACCCCGUCAACACAGACAUUAAUAUCGUCAUGGGGUCGAGCCAGUCGACACCCAAGAUCACCUCUCAUGAUCGAGCGAUUCUCGAUCUCAAACUUCAGCGCGAUAAGCUAAAGCAAUACCAGAAGAAGAUACAAGUUGUGCUCGACCGCGAGCAUGAAAUUGCGAAAGCCCAUCUCGCUACCGGUCAGAAGGACCGUGCCGUCAUAGCCCUCCGAAGGCGCAAGUAUCAGCAGAGCUUGCUGCUGAAGACUGACAGUCAAUUGGAGAAUUUGGAACAACUAGUGUCAACCAUCGAGUUUUCUUUGGUCGAGGUUUCUGUCCUUCACGGUCUUAAGCAAGGCAAUGAAGUUCUUCAAGAAAUUCAUCGCGAAAUGAGUGUUGAGAGUGUUGAGAAGCUCAUGGAAGAGACGCAAGAAGCGAGAGAGUAUCAACGAGAAAUCGGUGAUUUGCUAGCGAACCGAUUAACACAUGAUGAGGAGGAUGCCGUCCAGGCGGAGCUCUUGGCAUUACAAAGGGAAUCGGUUGGACAAGCAGAACCUGAAGUGCGCCUGGAUCUGCCAUCUCCGCCGAGGUCGUUACCACUUGUUUCAGAAGAAGUCCCUCUAGAGACUACGAGGGAGCGGGUUCCUGUACCUGGUUAGCACCUGCUAGCACGCAUAGUAUCACGGAGAUUUUCAUUCCGGUAUUACUCAUACCCCCAUUUACGGCCUAGGCCUUCUCCAGACAUUUACAGAUACGAUACUACAGUAGGACAGCAGAUAAUGAUA